GAGUUACCCCGUGGUUCAAAGGCUCCCCGGCAGUGCUUUUUAAAUUGACGCAUGCGGUGAUAACCUGCUUUAGCCUCAGGCUCACUCACCCCCCCAGACCCUGGAGUUGUCUGAGCCGCCGAGUGAACAGUGGCUGAUUAUGGAGAGCAGAGGCCCAACGGCCACCUCGCGCCGGCUGCUGUUGUUGCUGUUGCUACUACUGCAUCACACCCACCAGGGAUGGGCCCUGAGACCUGUUCUCCCCACCCAGAGGGCCCAGGACCCUCCGGCUGUCCACCUCAGCAAUGGCCCAGGACAAGAGCCUGCCGCUGUCAUGACCUUUAACCUCACCAAGAUCACAAAAACCUCCUCCUCCUUUGAGGUUCGAACCUGGGACCCAGAGGGAGUGAUUUUUUAUGGGGAUACCAACCCUAAGGACGACUGGUUUAUGCUGGGACUUCGGGACGGCAGGCCUGAGAUCCAACUGCACAAUCACUGGGCCCAGCUUACGGUGGGUGCUGGACCACGACUGGAUGACGGGAGAUGGCACCAGGUGGAAGUCAAGAUGGAUGGGGACUCUGUGCUACUGAAGGUGGAUGGGGAGGAGGUGCUGCGCCUGAGACAGGUCUCUGGGCCCCUGACCAGCAAACGGCAUCCCAUCAUGAGGAUUGCGCUUGGGGGGCUGCUCUUCCCCGCUUCCAAUCUUCGGUUGCCGCUGGUUCCUGCCCUGGAUGGCUGCCUGCGCCGGGAUUCCUGGCUGGACAAACAGGCUGAGAUCUCAGCAUCUGCCCCCACUAGCCUCAGAAGCUGUGAUGUAGAAUCAAAUCCUGGGAUAUUUCUCCCUCCAGGGACUCAUGCAGAAUUCAAUCUCCGAGACAUUCCCCAGCCUCAUGCAGAGCCCUGGGCCUUCUCUUUGGACCUGGGACUCAAGCAGGCAGCAGGCUCAGGCCACCUCCUUUCUCUUGGGACACCGGAGAACCCAUCUUGGCUCAGUCUCCACCUCCAAGAUCAAAAGGUGGUGCUGUCUUCCGGGUCAGGCCCAGGGAUGGAUCUGCCCCUGGUCUUGGGACUCCCUCUUCAGCUGAAGCUGAGUAUGUCCAGGGUGGUCUUGAGCCAAGGACCAAAGAUGGAGGUCCUUGCCCUGCCUCCCUUAGGCUUGGCUUCCCUCCUUAACGUCUGGGCCAAGCCUCAAGGGCGUCUCUUCCUGGGGGCUUUACCAGGAGAAGACUCUUCCACUUCUUUUUGCCUGCAUGGCCUUUGGGCACAAGGUCAGAGGCUGGAUGUGGACCGGGCCCUGAACAGAAGCCAUGAGAUCUGGACUCACAGCUGCCCCCAGAGCCCAGGCAAUGGCACUGACGCUUCCCAUUAAAGCUCCACCUAAGA